AUGGAAUCCGUUUGGGACAAAGUGCCCACUGGGAUGAGCAGCCUGGGAGGCUCUGCAGGGCUGUCCCUGUGCAAUGAACUCUGUCCCCAGUCCUGUGCUGCAGAUCCCUGGAAAUCCAACACCUUCGUCCAACGGCAGCAGCUCUCCCGCCUGCCCUGCACCAUACAUGUUUUCUGGAAUGGGGAUCUGCUGAGCCCUCCUUUCCCACUGGUGCUCCCCAAGAGGAUCCCACUGGAGUGGGACACGCUCCUGGCCACGCUGACAGAGAAAGUGGAGUUGGGCAGUGGAGCCGUUAACAAGCUCUGCAGGCUGGAUGGGACCCCGGUGUGCAGAGGAGAGGAGCUGGAGAAUGGUCAUCACUACGUGGCAGUGGGAAAGGAGGAGUACAAACCUCUGCCCUACAGGGAGCUGCUGGUGCCCCAGGAGUGCAGGACACUGAGGAACCACCCCAAAACCAGGCACAAAAAGAGCCAGGGCAGGCUGGGCAGUCGCAGGGUGCAGGCCACGGGAGCUGCAGAGAAAGGCAAGAUCCCACCUGCCUCCCCACAGCUGCAAAUUCCAGCCAGGGAAUCUCCCCUCGAGGAGGAAGAGCCCAUUUUCCAUGUCAAACCUGUGCGUGCAGGACAGAACAGAAGGAGCAGCAGGAGUGUGCAGCCUGGCCCAGGUGAAGGAAAAAGCCUCUCCAAACCCAGGGAUCCAAGGAGGGAGAUGAGAGGUGCUCGGGAAGAGGGUGGACACACCAGGCUGGAUGUACCCAUUGACCAGGUUUAGGACACACUGAGCUGCUCUCCGAUGUGUAAAGCCGAGAGUAACCACGAGGGGGAACUUGAGAACCCACAGCAGGGUGUCACUGCAGGGCCUCGUGUGUUAGAAAGGCAAGAAAUCCCAUCUGGAGAAUGAACAAUUCCCUUCUGGAACGUGAAAGCUGCAGCUUCCCACCCCAGUAAGGACUGCAAAGGCUCUCCUGGAUUCUUCUGUGUUUCCAUCCUCACUCCUGUCACAGAAGAACUUACAUGAAAACCCAAAAUGAGACACCACAGAAAGGUAUUUAUUCCCCUCACUGGUUCUGUGGAGUGGGGGAGAACAUUCCUGUGAUCAGAUUCCUCCCACUGCAGUUCCUGAAGUUCCUUAAGCAGAACUUAACCUGUAUCCAGGUGAAGCUCAGAAUCCACCAGGGAAUAACCACCUAAUUCUUCAAAUGACUUGAACACGCUUGUUUUAGUAACAGAAGUUCAAACCUUUGCUUUAAAAAAGAGGGAAAAAAUAGUUCUUUCUAAAACAAUAUUCUGCGUGACGAGGUCAGCAAAAUUCUUGUUGUCAGUGGUGUGUUAAUGAUUCCAGCUUUUCCUGAGGAUAUUCAGGAUUGCUGUAAUGGGUGACUCAGCUCUGCCUCGGUGGUGUCUCUGGGUUAAUUAGAACUUCAAAGGAAGACAAUUCCUUUGAAGUGAAAUUAGAGAAAGCCCUGGUGAAGCUUUAGCUGGUGGUUCCUGACCCUUGUUGUGCUGUGUUUGCUGCACUGGGUGCUCCAAUGCUGCUGCUUUCCCUUGGCUUUUCCCCCCCUGGAUCACAUUCCUGUGCAGUUGGUUUUAUUCAGAGGCACAGUGUUGUUAAAUAAUGAAGAUUUUCCCCUUUAUUUCUCAGAGGAAAUGGCUGCUCUUAUGAGCUCUAAAUGGGCUGGUUUGUAGCUGAACUGGGGAAGGAAGAAUUACCAAACAGAAAACAUGUUUUAAUAACAAAACACCUGCCAGGGUUUGCUCUAUGUCGGGUAUUUCUUAGAAAGAGAUUUCAUUGUACUGUUGUCCCUCUGAUUUGCAAUGCCUGGAUAAUGUUUGCAGCAAUUAAAGCUGUUCCCAAAUCCA